GUUACUCCACCUGGGCCACGCCGUGUAGCAAGUCGUUUUUAACAUUUGGUAUAGCAUCUAUCCUGACGCGUCAGUGGGCUAAGAAGAACGCCGAGCACUACAACAUCAACGAUGCCCACCUCUCUCUGGACGAAAUCUCAUAGAUACCCAGUCAUUAUCCUGACACAUCGUCUCCACCAUACAUGUCUGAAUCUCGUAGCGUCUCAGGAUGCACCAGUGUGGUUGGAUCAAUAGCCUUGGCUCUUCACCCAACUCUGGAUCUCACCCUUAGCUUCUUGGAGAUAUGGCAUUGCCCUGUCCUAGCAUGUUUAUCUCUAAUUCAUCCAUUGUGGGGGUUCGUGGGAAGCAUGUUAUCCAAGCCGGGUGAAGCCUCGCCUCGGUAUCACAUAGCCAGGGCGUCUUUUAUGGGGCAUUUUCGGUUUUCUUUUUCUUUGUUUGUCUGGUUUUUCUAUCGUGGCGGCGCCCGGCGUCCCACGGCAGGUGGGAAGGCGUUGGGGCGUUUUUGUUGUCUAUUCAGAGUGCUCUUUUUGCUUCGUGGUCUACCUUCGGGUUUUGCGCCGCUGUCGCUGUUGCUAUCGCCGUUUUUGCCUCGUCCCUGUGGGACAAACUUUUGUGGCUCUUAGCUCUCUACGUUGCGUAAUCUGGAUUUGGGGAUGGGGACAGAAGGAAUUGCAAUAUGCAUGAAAAAGAAUGGCGGAUCACGACUUGUGGGGGAAGGCUGUUCUUCAGGCAUGGAGACAGAAGACCCCUACGAGAAAAUAUUGUACAUACAUUACUUUUGUUCGGUCUUGUUAGGUGAUGACAGACUCUGGGGCUGGGAAAUGAACGCAAAUCAUUAUUAACGAGUAUGUGCCAAAG